AUGGCGCCCACACAUGUACUGAGAUGCUGCCAACGGGGUUUAGCCUGGAUUCCGGUCAUUUUUAUCGCCUUAGUUGUGUGCUGGUCUUACUAUGCCUAUGUCGUGGAGCUGUGUAUUUUCACAAUCCUCAGUAUCGGAGAAAAGGUCGUCUACUUAGUCGUCUUUCAUCUGUCUUUCAUCAUGUUUGUAUGGUCCUACUGCAAGACCAUCUUCACCAAACCAGCCAACCCCUCCAAAGAGUUCUGUUUGGCCAAAUCUGAGAAGGAGCAGUAUGAGAAGGAGGAGCGUCCGGAGGCACAGCAGGAGAUUCUGAAGAGAGCGGCCAGCAGUCUGCCGCUCUACACCCGCACAGGAGCCGGGGCCAUCCGCUAUUGUGACCGUUGCCAGGUGAUUAAACCAGACAGGUGCCAUCACUGCUCCGCCUGUGACAUGUGUGUGUUGAAGAUGGAUCACCACUGUCCAUGGGUGAACAACUGUGUUGGUUUCUCCAACUACAAAUACUUCAUCCUGUUCUUAGCCUACUCCCUGGUUUACUGUUUGUUCAUCGCUGCCACUGUCCUUCAGUACUUCAUCAAGUUUUGGACAAACGACCUGCCAGACUCGCAAGCCAAAUUCCAUGUCUUAUUUCUCUUUUUUGUGGCGGCCAUGUUCUGCAUCAGUAUUCUGUCACUCUUCACGUACCACCUGUGGCUUGUAGGAAAGAACAGAUCCACUAUAGAGGCUUUCAGGGCUCCUGUCUUUAGAAAUGGCCCCGAUAAAAACGGAUUCUCCCUGGGCUUCUCCAAGAACAUUGCCCAGGUGUUUGGAGAUCAAAAGAAGUACUGGUUGCUGCCAGUCUUCACUAGUCAAGGAGAUGGGCUCACAUUUCCCACACGACUUGUUAACGCUGAUCCAGAGCAGCCGGCGGCUGUUCUACAUCCAGAACUGAAUAAAAGUGAUGAAGAUGGAGCUGUCCAACCAAGUGCCCUCAGUGAGUCACAGAAUCGUCUCCUUGACAACGACCACCAUAGCAAUGACGACCAGCUAACUGAUGCCUUGAAAUUCGAGGAAAGUGAGACCAUCACAAUAUCAGUGGAGAACGAGUCAUAGCCUGGGCCAGCUGGAACUGAUGGACGGUGGAUCUUCAGUGUUCCUUAGCCUUUUCACUCCCAGGUUUUGAGAUUGUGUAGGAGAAACACAGCCAUCAGAUAUGAUGCCUUAAAUCACUCCUUUUCAGUCAACACGACAGUCAUCCCCUCAAGUACAGCCAUAGUCGAUAUGAUCACAUCCUGUACUUCUCCUCGGUGGUUUCAUUCAGCCACUUUCUGAAUGUCGUGUGCUUGCCUCCAGAAUCUUUGGCCACCUUCUUCUCCCAUCCUGUCUUGUUUGCACACUAUUUACUGCAUAAAUCCCCACAUUUACUCUCAUGCAGUGUAAAAAAAAUAAGAAAAGAAUAGCCCCGUAUGCAUCCACCUGCAUGCUUCAUCGGGCAUUGAUGAGAUUAUGAUGAGAUUGGUCUUCAAGUGUUGACUCAGAAUUGCACUACCAAUGGAAAUGGCCUUCGCACCGGAUGCUGCUCUUCAAGUUUGGGACUUCAGGGAGUACAAGUUGGAAUUUGAUCUGAAACCAAUGAACAACUGAUGUUUACAUAAUGGGGGGGGAGUGUGUGUCAUCCAGGGGACAUGAGCUUUAACACCUUCUACGAGAAACCCCCUUGGUCUCUAACCUUUUUCUAUGGACAACUAAACAAACAAGGGUAUUUCACACUCCCCGUUGUACUAGAGAACGAGCGAAUUCUUUGAAGCUUCGGUGUUUGAUAGACUGGAACCAUCGGUGAGCUGAGUAGUCACGUGUGAACUUCAGGUCAAGGGUUUAGAACACGGAAGAGCACAAGAUGGCGCAUUUGCACUUUUUAAAUUCAUUCAGCUAAGUGUGUAUGCAUUAAUUGACCUUUUUACUCCGAUUGUUAUUCACGGCUAAGAAGAAAACACAGUCGUUCUGCAACUUGUCUUAGCGGAAUGUGUUCCUCUCCUCAGACUGAAAGGCUUUUUUUUUCUUUUUUUUUAAAUUGGGAGAACCCUCUUUUAAUUGCUUUCAUAAGCUGCUCAUUCUCCUGUGAGACAAAAGUAGUGUUUUUUGAGAUUUUAUCUUCUGUUCAUUUCCACUCGUGUAUUUUGCCUAUGUCUAACUGUUGUUUUGUAAGAGAUCCGUGUUGAAUAUUACACUUCAGAAGGUGGCCGCUCAUUAGGACACCGUGAAUUGCCAAAUAAAGGGCUGAACUAUCAGAGCUCUACACCUCCACUGAGUGUUUACAGUAUGAGGGUAAUGUCUCUUUGCUCUCACAGUAUGGCUGUUGGCACCAAGGAAAACCAAAUGAGACCUUUUUGUGUAUGUGUUAGUGGUUUACUUACUAUUGAUUGGGGUCUACGCUGCUAUACCUGUGUUGUCCAUUAGGUGGCAGCGUUCCUCAUCUUCUGAGAACGAAUCAA